AUGAGUCAAACAGUUGAGAAGGUGCGAUCAAAAGAAGAUGAAGAGGCGUUGGACAGGAAAAUAGCCGAAAUUCGGAAGAAGAACGAACAAAUCGCACGUAGAAAAGAGGAGGUUGACAAAGAUCGUGAAUUGUUCGUAGCCGAAAUCGGAGAGUCUCUCAACUCACCACCUAAACAGCCAGAAAAGCUGGUGAAUUGCAGCGCUGAUACAUGGAAAGAGAAUGUGCCCGAGAUGGGACAUUCGUUACGGGGUAUGAAACAUCAUUCACUGUGGCGUUCACAACAACGCGGUGGUAUUUCGAGAGGACGUGGCAUGCGCACUCGUAUCACGCCUCGUUCCGAGUUCACGUUACACGACGAUAGAGCCGAGCCAACGAAACCGAAGAAAACCGAUCGCGAUCGCAAACAACGUAUCACUUCGCCUUCAGCUAACUCACCCGCAGAUGCCUCACAAACAAAACCUCCAGCCAAAAACGAUACGGUGAAUUUA